AUGCAUCUUUCUAUCAUUUUUCUGUCCCUACUGGGAAUCGGACAUGCCAUAACCCUACCUGAUCCCACCGGACCAUAUGGCGUUGCUCUCCGCUCUCAAGGCAUGACCGACAUCCGACGGGUCGACCCUUACGACCCUAAGAAGGGUCAUAGACAGGUGCUCGCCUCCAUCUUCUGGCCCAUUCUUCCAUCCACCUGUUCCGAGGAAAGCGUCCCUUACAUGCCCCCCGCCGUUGCCCAAUUCUAUGGGCAGCAGGCACAGAGCCUGGGUCUUUCCAACGAAACCUUUGCCGCUUUCAACUAUGCCGUUUGCAAGACACCUGAUUCGCAAAAGGGGUGUGAAAACAAGAAACCAUUCCCUCUUGCCGUCUUCUCGCCAGGCGCCGGCAACUCUCGGCUUCUUUACAGUAACAUGGCUCGUUCGCUUGCUAGUUAUGGAAACAUCGUGGUUUUGAUUGACCAUCCUUAUGAUGCUGAUAUCGUUGAAUUUCCCAAUGGAGAAAUAAUCAAGAGCGGCAACAUCCCUGAGACCAUGAAGGCUCUGACAGAGUUGACUGAGGUGAGAGCCAAGGAUAUCUCAUUCGUCAUUUCCAACGUCUUGCAGCCCUCUUUCCAAAGAAAGGCACUGAAAGGUCUCCCUGGAUCAGUCGAUACCAAGAAGAUAGUCGCUCUUGGCCAUUCUCUUGGUGGUGCCAGCGCGGCUGUGGCUUCCUUAUCUGAUAACCGAAUUCGCGGAGGAAUGGAUUUGGACGGUCAGAUUUUUGAGCCAGCUCUCAGUAAAGGGCUGGACAAGGCGUUCUUUCUCAUCGGUCGUCCCAAUCACAGUGAGGAGGACACAACUUGGAAGAAGUUCUACACCAAGCUUCGAGGGCCCAAGAAGGAGAUUGCAAUUAAAGGUACUGUUCAUGGAUCAUUCACUGACUACCCACAAUUGAUCCAAGCCCUUGACCUCCCUGCAUCAGCCAAGAAGGUUGUUCAGCAGCUUGUUGGGGACGUUGAUGCGGAGUAUCUUGAGAAGUUACUCUCCGAGACUAUUGUUAGUUCCAUGGACAUCUCUUUUCGCAAUACCCCCAAGGCUCCAAGAAUUUAG